CUUCUCUGUGAUCUGGUUCUCCCAGAACGUACUCAAUUUUUCUAACCUAAAAGUUUUGUUGAUUGUUGUUUGUUCACAUCAUGUUGAUUUAUCUCCUGUUUUUGUUUUAGAUUAGUGUGUGGAAAUUUCUCAAUUGAAAUCAACUCUUAUCUUAUCAGUGCAAUUCCUCAUUAUCAUGCUUUUUUUAGAAAUUAUCAAUAAAAUUGCAAAACAAGUUUUUUACAAACUUAGUUUUUAAAACUGAUGUGCUUAUUGCGGAAUUUUUUCAAGUGGACAUGUUAUCAAGAUCUUAAACUUUACAAUUCAGUGAGUGGUGUAAAAAUGAAUCAGAUUAACAAAUUUGAUUAUGUCAAAUCUUUUGAAACUGAAGACCGAUGUCUUCCAAAUUGCUGGACUGUCGUGAGAAUUGAUGGUAAAAACUUUCAUAAGUUUUGUGAUCUCCAUGAACUUCAAAAGCCCAACGACAAACGAUCUCUGGAACUAAUGAAUAGAUCGGCCGCUUGUGUAAUGCAAGAAUUCCAUGAUAUCAACAUAGCUUACGGUCAAAGUGAUGAAUAUAGUUUUGUGUUCAGAAAGGAUACUACAAUGUUUAGCCGCAGGAAGGAUAAAAUACUAACGAAUGUUGUUAGUUUAUUUGCUUCAUCAUUUGCAUAUUUCUGGAGCACAUACUUUGGCACUGAGCAGUUGUUAUAUCCACCGUCGUUUGACGGUAGAAUUGUAUUGUAUCCAACAGAUAAGAACUUGAGAGACUAUUUAAAUUGGAGACAGGCAGAUGCGCAUAUAAAUAAUCUCUACAAUACUGUAUUCUGGUCUUUAGUCAACAAAAAGGGCUUAACAACAACAGAGGCUCAGGAGAGAUUGAAGGGAACUCUGUCUGGCGAGAAGAAUGAGAUUCUGUUCAAGGAGUUUGGAAUGAACUACAAUAAUGAGCCAGCCAUGUUCAAGAAGGGGACCGUGUUAGUACGAAAACUGAUGCGCGAUCCCAGCUCUGAUAAAACAAAGAAGAUAACAAUAGCAAUGAACUGUGAUAUCAUUGGAGAUGCUUUUUGGAAAGAGAACCACGAAAUUCUUGAAAUGAAAACUUCGAACCUUUAUGAAAAUACUGAAAAAUUCGUGACUUAUUAGUAAGUUUCUAAAAAUACCAUCUAUUUGAACUGUGAAGCUAUCUAAUAAUAUUCAGCUAGUAGUCCAUAAUAAUUUUCUACUUCACUUGACAUUUAUGUUUAUGAUUAUUAGACUUGUGAUUUGUA